AUGUCGUUUCAAAUUGAUUUUAUAAAUUUUUCUGAGCAAAUAAUUCCAACGUUAACGACUGAAUUGAUCGGACAUUUUAGUAUUGAUGGUGAUUUGCAAUAUCAUGCCGAUUUAUCGCAAUUAAAGUAUUAUAUUCCUCCUUCGGAUCCUAACAAUGUGAAUUUCGAUCUCAACAAAAAUUUUAUGUCUACCCGUCACAGACCUACUUCGUAUCUCAAAUUGGAUAACUUAUUAAGAUGGCUUUCCAAUAAUUUUCAUCGACUUGAAAAACCACUAUCAGUACAAGAAGAACGUUGGUUGGAUAUUGAGUUUAUUGCUUCUCGUGGGACAAUAAAAACAAUAUUAUGUAGCCCAUAUAAAAUACAUGACGAAUGGAUUAUUUGCGCCAGUAAAUAUCGUGGUACAAUAUAUUUAUGUGAGUUUUAUUCGGAUGAAAAAGAAUAUCAUUAUGUCAAUGCAUCAAUGUCAGAAAAACAACUUCAUUCAUGGGGAUAUAAAUUUGAGCAGUACAUGGUAGCAGAUCAUCCAUCACAUACACCAGAUCCAAAACGACCUCUUAAUGAGUGUGAACAUUUUUACUGUAUGUUUAAAGCCAACUUUGACAAUCAUUCGUUAUUAUACGGAGCAGAAAUAGAUGGUAUUUCUUCGCAACAGCCUAUAGCGGAUACACUUGAAGGAAAAACUUUCGAAUUAAUCGAGUUGAAAACAUUUCCAUUACUUAAUGAAGAUGGAAAUAUAUAUAGCAAAAUUUCCUGCCUUAGAGUGAUGAACUGGUGGAGUCAGAACUAUUUGGCGAAUAUAAAUAGAAUUAUAUGUGGAUUAAAAGACAAAAGUAUAGUGAGAAUAAUAAAAGAAUAUUCAAUGUGUGAUUUGCCAAAGCUUUCAGAGCCAUCUUGUGAUAUAAACAGGAGCAAAAUAUUCUGCAAGAUAUUUCUAGACAACGUCAAAAGAAUUGUUACUAAAGAUUAUAAUGAAUGCAUGUAUAAAUUUCGCUGGACACCAUUCAUUAGAGAUAUUGUAAGUUAUACUGAAGAAGCUCCUGAUAACGAAAGAUAUAUCUUCUUGCAACCAUGGUUUGUUGACAAAGCAGAGGAAUAUAGGAGACGUUCUCAGUAAAUACUGA